AUGCACCCAGAACGCCCACGUUAUGUGAUCGACAGGCCGGCGUACAACCUCCCAGACUUCGACAGACAAUUUGAAAAGAAGAGUCGACAGUUCCCUGUUGGAGAAAAAGUCAAGAAGCUCUUCAGAUGCUCCGUGCCAAGACUAAGGGGCUUGUUAUUCAGACAUCUGCCUGUGCUGAGCUGGCUUCCCAAGUACAAAGUGAAAGAAAAUCUGCUGUGCGAUGUCGUCAGUGGGGUCAGCGCUGGCACCAUUCAGGUUCCCCAGGGCAUGGCUUUCGCCCUCCUGGCUAAUCUCCCCCCAGUCAACGGUCUAUAUUCCUCUUUCUUCCCCCUCAUCCCAUAUUUCUUCAUGGGCACUGCUCACCAGAUGGUCCCAGGCACUUUUGCUGUCCUCAGCAUUAUGGUGGGAAUCGAGUGUCUCAGGCUGGCCCCGGAGUCGGACUUCAGUCACUUCAAUGCCACUGUUAACGCUACAGUAGUGGACACGGACAGGAUGAAUGAGGCUCGACUGGUGAUAUCUGGAACUCUGGCCUGUCUCACUGCAGUCAUACAGAUUGGUCUCGGCUUCAUGCAGUUUGGGUUUGUAGCCAUCUAUUUGUCAGAAUCCUUCGUCAGAGGCUUCAUGACGGCCGCAGGGCUGCAGAUCCUCAUCUCUGUGCUCAAGUACAUCUUUGGCAUCAAAGUGCCGCCUUAUAGCGGUCCACUGGCUGUUAUAUACACUCUCGUAGAUAUUAUGCGCGGCUUACCUGAGACCAACGUUGCCUCGUUAGUGUUUGCUCUGGUCAGCAGCGUAGUUUUGAUAGUUGUGAAGGAGCUGAGUGCCCGCUACCGUCACAAGCUUCCCUUCCCCAUUCCCAUGGAGAUCAUCAUCGUGGUUGUGGCCACAGCCAUCUCGGGGCCUCUGCAUCUCCCUGAGCUCUAUCACAUGGACAUAGUGGGAGAAAUCCCUCUGGGAUUCCCAGCACCAAUCAUUCCAACCGUGAGCCAGUGGGAAGAGAUGUUGAGCACAGCUUUCUCCCUGGCAAUAGUGGGGUAUGUCAUCAACUUGGCUAUGGGCAGGACACUCGCAGCCAAGCAUGGUUAUGACGUGGAUCCCAACCAGGAAAUGUUGGCCCUCGGCUGCAGCAAUUUCCUCGGGGGCUUCUUUAAGAUCCAUGUGAUCUGCUGUGCUCUGUCUGUAACCCUGGCUGUAGACAGUGCUGGAGGAACAUCACAGUUUGCCAGCCUGUGUGUGAUGUUGGUUGUAAUGGUCACCAUGCUCGCUUUGGGAGCCUUCCUGGAACCACUUCCAAAAUCAGUGCUCGGAGCGCUGAUUGCAGUCAACCUGAAGAACACACUCCUGCAGCUCUCUGAUCCCUAUUACUUAUGGAAGAAGAGCAAACUGGACUGUUGCGUGUGGGUUGUGUCAUUCUUGGCCACAUUCUUUCUUAGCUUGCCUUAUGGAGUUGCUAUCGGAGUGGGAUUUUCUAUCCUGGUGGUGAUAUUUAAAACGCAAUUUCGGAAUGGUUCAGCAAUGGUUCAGAUCAUAGAUACAGAUAUCUACAAAAACCCAAAGAUAUACAGUAAGGGCAAGUCAAUAACAGGUGUGAAAAUAGUGAACUAUUGCUCUCCAAUCUAUUUCGCAAACGCUGAAAUAUUUCGCCUGAGAGUCAUCAAAAAGACUGAGCUGGACCCGGGGAAGCUUCUCCUGGCCAGACAGAAGUUCUUAGAAAAAGAGCAGAGGGAAAAGGCGAAAGAGGAGAAGAAGGACAAGGAAGUGAGGAGGAGGACACCCUGCUCCUUGGUUAACAUGAAGACCCAGACCAUAUCUCGGCUUGAGCUGCAAAACGACUUUGAUAUGAACAGCGCCGGCUCAGCUGAACCUCCCACGAGUUAUGUGAACUUCCACUGCAGCGACGCUGAGCAGGGCGGGCAGUCGCCUGAACAAGAGCCAGCCAGUCCCUCUGCUGUCACACUGGAGACUCAGCCCAUGCCCUUCCACACCCUCAUCCUCGACUUGGCGGGGGUCUGCUUCAUAGACCUAGUGGGCAUAAAAGUAUUGAUUAAGAUGAAUGCGAGCUACACGAUGCUGGGCAUUAAACUCUACCUGGCUAAUGUUCAAGCCCAGGUAUGUGACGAACUGGAGGCUGGAGGAGCGUUUGAUGACGGCAAUAUUUCCCGUGGUAAUCUCUUCCUUUCUGUCCACGACGCCAUUCUGUUUGCUCUGCAGACCUCUGGAGAGAGGCGAGGCUCCUCAAAGGCAGAAGGAGCAAAACAGGGACUUGCCUUUAACAUUAAUGAGGAGAAGGAUCUGGAACAGGAAAUGUUUUGAUUGCUGCAGUGAAAAGGAGCGGAUGAAAGACACUGAACAUAAUGACAUUGAUCCUGAAGUUUGCUGUAAUUUACGAAAGUCUACUGGCAUAAUAUAUUCUUACAUCUUU